AUGGCUCUGGAUUUUCUUGAAGUGGUACCUGCAGAAUCUGAAUGUAAAUGGUAUGUGAAGUGCAUCGAAGACUGCAAACUCACAUCUCUUGCUCCUUCAGAUGUUUACAUGGAGCUACUUUACUUUAUUGCUAUUAACUGGAAAAUUCUUGGCACUAUUGAUGUAAGAAGCAUCCCUCUUAGCAGAUACAUUACUGCAGAGCGGAAGUGGAUGUUUGGUGAUGUCCGUUAUGUUAAACAGGUAGAAAAUGUUUGUUAUGCUUUGGACUCUCAACAGCAUGCCUGGAUCAAUAAGUGGAACAUAGAGUUCGGAUGUCCGGGUAAUCUGUAUUUCUUAUCCGUUUCCAAUCAGAUGGCUCUUGUAAGCCAUGUUAGUAGAAGACACUUGUUUGCUUGGCUUUCUGGUGAUGCAGGCGUGGUAUCUGCUACUGUCUAUGAAUAUAUUUAUCUGGUUCAGGAAUUUGCAAGGGAAACAGGUGACCCAAAACUUCUGAAAUCACUCACUCAUUUUCUGUAUCACUCCCACUUGAAGAAUUUUGUUACUGAAUCUGAGGUCUACAGUGUCCGUGAAUCCAUGCCCAUAAUUGCUGGGCAUGACCAAAUAUGUGAUGAAAGGACUGAAACUCUUGUUCCUGCAUCUGGAAGUAAGUGGGUGAAGCUGAUGGGUUGCAAUCCAUUUGUAGAAAAGAAGUACAUUGAUUUAGGGGAGGCAUAUACUGAAAGCGGUACUUUUGCCGGGGAGCAUACGCCGAAGGAAGAUCUAAUCAAAUUUCUAACCAAGUAUAUGAAAGCCAAGGACUUGCUGGAACUAUGUCCUCCGUAUCUGGCAUUGCCGGUGGCUUCCUCACAACUACGAGUAGAUCAGGCAUUUUUGCUACUUGAAUGGAUCCGGACUUUGCAGUUUAACAAAGUGGAGAUGCCUGCAAUGUUCAUCGAGCGCAUAAGAGUUGGGAAAUGGAUGAAAACCUGCUCUGGCUUCAAUUCACCAAAUCAUUGCUUUCUUUUUCAUGACGAGGGGGAAUAUGUUUUCUUGCAAAUGGGUAAUGUUCUCUGGGGCUUCUCAGUUAUAGAUGAGCAGUUUUAUGGGACGAAGAUUAGAUUGUAUGCAGAUGAGCUGAAAUUGAUUGGGGUGAGGUUUGAGUCGAUGGAUGUAUGCAGACUAAUAAUCGACCAUGUUACAUCUCUUGCUUCAUCAAGAAUUACUAGCGAACAUGGAAUUUUACUGCUGGAGUUUAUUAGAUACUUAAAGAAGGGAGAAAAACUCUAUGAUGAAUUUUUGAGAACUUUGAGAAAGGGGGAAUGGAUGAAGAGCUCUAAAGGGUAUGUAGCUCCAUUUGGGUCGGUUUUCCUUCCAUCUAUUACAGGAGCUCUUUUACAAAUUACAAACCUUCCUGUCAUCGAUGAAACAUUCUACGGAACCACUUUUGGUUGCUAUACUGCUGAGCUCAAGUUGUUGGGAGUUGUGAUGGACAUGGAAGAGGUGUAUAAAUUGACUGCAGAUAAUUUCACAUUUCCCGAAGCUCUAUCUACUGUAACUAGAGAAAGUGUUCUGCUGAUACUAAGGUGCCUCCGAAAUUUGGGUCCUUUGGCUGCUGGUUUAAUUGAAAAGAUCAGCUGUGAACCUUGGUUGAAAACAAGCUUAGGAUUUAAGUCUCCUUCUUCAUCUUUUCUUCCUAACUCUGAAUAUGGACUUUUAUUGAAUGUGGUGGAAGUUCCCCUUAUUGAUGAAUCCUUUUAUGGUAAUGAAAUUUGCUCAUUCAUCGCUGAACUGAAGGCAAUUGGGGUGGUCCUAGAUUUCGAAAGUUCAAUCAAGAAAGUUGUCAUUCAGUUCAAGUUAGUCUCAUCUUCUGGUGGUCUAACUAGUGCUAAUGUUCUCUCACUGCUGACUUGCACUAAGAAUAUGAAAGAAACAGUGCCUUCAUUAUUGUCAACAUUCAGGUCCUUUUUGUUUGGGGAGAGCUGGUUGAAGACUCGACACGGCUUCAAAUCUCCACCAGAAUCAGUUCUGUUUGAUGUGAAAUGGGGAACGAUCUCUCAAUAUGUUGAUCUUGAAAACUGA